GGUCCUAGCCUGGCCCCGCCCCCUCAUCCUUUGCCAGAAGCGGACAGAUUCACUUGCUCCAGCCUCCAGGACAAUCACGAGAAGCCUGCCUUAUAGCCUGGAUUUACAAGAUGUAUCUCACACCUGUAUGUAAAAGUUCAGUGAAGAAGUGAAAUUUGUAUGAGGGUAUCACCCCAGCCAGAGGGAUUUGUGCCCCAGCAGAACAGAAUGAAGUUGCCUUUCUGUGCAAUCUUCUUCAGACUGGAAAAGUGGACUGAUAUCUUCUUAAAGGGCUUCCUGGUCUACUGUCAAGUUAUGGUCACCUGCAGCCCUCCCCAAAACAUGUCCUAUGAUGGUUUUGAGUAUGUCACCAGGUCUGGAGAAGAUAUCUACCAAGAUAAGAUCCAUUCCUCAUGCCGUGUGCCAUAUUACAAGAUAGCACCUUCCAUGGGCAGUGGCCAACCUCUACCUGGAACACCCACCAGCUUGGCCCACAGCAUCUUGAAAGAUGGAGAGGGAAGUGGGAAGAUUCCCCAAUGUUUACCUGUGUGCGGACAACCAUCCACACCUAUCGCCCGGGACCAGGGAGCCAUUGGUGUAUCAAAGGCGAAGGCGGGAAACUUCCCCUGGCAGGCACUCACCAUCAUCCAUGGCCGUGGAGGAGGAGCUCUGCUUGGAGAUCGCUGGAUCCUCACAGCUGCCCAUACCGUCUACCCUAAGGACAGCUUCUCCCAGGAGAACCGGAGUGUGAAUGUGUUCCUGGGACACACAGAUGUAGAGGAGAUUAUAAGGCUGGGGCCCCAUCCUGUCCACAGGGUCAUCGUGCACCCAGACUAUCGCCCGGAAGAGCCAAACAACUUCGAGGGGGACAUUGCACUACUGGAAUUAGAAAACAGCGUUCCUCUGAGCCCCAACAUCCUCCCCAUCUGCUUGCCAGACAACGAGACUCUCUAUGGCAAUGGCUUGAUGGGCUAUGUCAGUGGCUUCGGGAUGGAAAAUGGCCGUUUGGCUAGCCAACUGAGAUACGUGCGUCUGCCUAUUGCCAAGAGAGACGCUUGUGAGGCCUGGCUGCAGAAGAAAAAUCGAACCGAAGUGUUUUCUCCAAAUAUGUUCUGUGCUGGAGACAGGACCUUAAAGCAAGAUGCCUGCCAGGGGGACAGCGGAGGCGUCUUUGCUGUGUGGGAUAAUGCUACAGAGCGCUGGAGGGCCACAGGCAUUGUGUCCUGGGGCAUUGGCUGCAGCAAAGGCUAUGGCUUCUACACCAAGGUCCUCAACUAUAUGGACUGGAUCAAGGCCACAAUAGAAGGGGAUAGCUGAGCCUCGAGGGCCUUGGCUCAGAGAUCCUCAAAGGGUGGUUUCCUGGAGUCCACAGAAGUCAAAACUGUUGUCAUAAUAACAUUAAGCCAUUUUAAUUUCUAACAUGGUAAAUAUCAAUAGAUAUAACCCACAUAAACUAAACUUAUUUGUAGUCCCCACUAGUUUUGUUUUCUUUUUUCAAAUCCUUCCUUUUUUGGCUUAGUAACAACUCAAAGACAGGAGGAUGAGGGCUAGGUAAGCAGUGUUAAGUGACUUGCCCAGGAUCACACAGCUAGGAAGUGUCUGACACCAAAUUUGAACCCAGGACCUCCUAGCUCCAAGUCUGGCACUCUAUCCACUGUGCCACCAAAGGCCGCAUCCCCAGUAGUUUUGUUUUGUUUUUUAAACUCUUACCUUCUGGCUUAGAAUCAAUACUGUGUAUUGUUUCCAUGGCAGAAGAGUGGUAAGAGCUAAACAACAGGGGUUAAGUGACUUGCCCAGGGUUACACAGCUAGGUAGUGUCUAAGGUCAAAUUUGAACCCAGGACCUUUUGUCUCUAGACCUGCCUCUCAACUCACUGUCACCCAGCUGCCUCUCCCAAUAGUUUUUAAGAGUAUAAAGGGAUGCUGAAAAGGAAAGUAAUGAAUGCUGGAGGGGAUGUGGCAAAGUAGGGACAUUAAUUCAUUGCUGGUGGAGUUGUGAACUGAUCCAACCAUUCUGGAGGGCAAUUUGGAACUAUGCCCAAAGGGCGACAAAAGAAUAUCUAUCCUUUGACCCAGCCAUAGCACUGCUGGGUCUGUACCCCAAAGAGAUAAUGGACACAAAGACUUGUACAAAAAUAUUCAUAGCUGCGCUCUUUGUGGUGGCCCAAAACUGGAAAACGAGGGGAUGCCCAUCAAUUGGGGAAUGGCUGAACAAACUGUGGUAUAUGUUGGUGAUGGAGUACUAUUGUGCUAAAAGGAAUAAUAAAGUGGAGAAGUUCCAUGGAGACUGGAACAACCUCCAGGAAGUAAUGCAGAGCGAGAGGAGCAGAACCAGGAGAACAUUGUACACAGAGACUAAUACACUGUGGUAUAAUCGAACGUAAUGGACGUCUCCAUUAAUGGCGGUGUAAUGUCCCUGAACAAUUUGCAGGGAUCCAGGAGAAAAAAACACUAUUCAUAAGCAAAGGAUAAACUAUGGGAGUGGAAACACCGAGAAAAAGCAACUGCCUGAAUACAGAGGUUGAGGGGACAUGACAGAGGAGAGACUCUAAAUGAACACUCUAAUGCAAAUAUUAUCAACAAAGCAAUGGGUUCAAAUCAAGAAAACAUCUAAUGCCCAGUGGAUUUACGUGUCGGCUAUGGGGGAGUGGGGAGAGGAAAAGAAAAUGAUCUAUGUCUUUAACGAAUAAUGCUUGGAAAUGAUCAAAUAAAAUAUAUUUUUUAAAAAAAAGAGUAUAAAGGGAUGCUGAGACCAAAGAGUUUGAAAACCACUGUGAGAGGGAAAGGAAAAGAUUCCCUAAUCAAUCAUAAUUGCUUCCCAAGCCACAUCCACAUUAAAAUCAUUGAACCAGAAUCCAAAUGUAUAAAACAGAGUUCUCUCCUUCCCUAAACCUGUCCCCUCGAGUCAUAUCUGAGGAGGGAAUAGUAUUUCACAACCUUUUUCCCAGUACCCUGCCUGCCUACCUACUAGUUUCCAUGGAUCCCUAUGAAGCCUCCAUCAGGGCACUCCCCGAUUCAUUCCUGACCUCUUUUUAUUUGCUGUUGCAUCUUGAAACUGCAGAAGUUAUGCAAUCCCUGAUGAUGCAGCUUCUCUUUUGCAUUCUCCUAUAAAGAAUUGCUCGCUGCAUAUUAUAUGAUGAACAUUUAUGAAUGGCUUAGCUAUUCUUAGCAAUACAGUGAUCCAAGACAAUCCUCAAGGACUCAUGAUGAAAAAUGCCAUCCACCUCCAGAGAAAGAACUGAUGGAGUCUGAAUGCAAACUGACACAUACUAUAUUUCACUUUAUUUCUUUACUUUUCUUUUGCUUAUUCAAGUUCUCUUUCACAAAAUGACUAAUAUGGAAAGAUACUUUACACCAGUGCCUAUGGAUGAUUUAUAUCAGAUUGUUUGCCAUCUCAAGAAGGAGGAGGGAAGAGAGAUGGGGGAGGUGAGAAUUUGGCUCAAACUUUUUUUAAAAAGAGUUUAAAUUGUUUUUUUAUGUAGUUGAGAAAAAAAUAAAGUAUUUAAAAAUUAUUUGCUGUCCCCUGAUAGGUGAAAGAAGGGGAGGCCAUUCUUUUCCUUACUUUCUAAUGACAUUUUCUCCCAUACACAAAAACCUCACUACCUCUGUUCCUCCACUUUCAAAACUCAUGCUACUUUCUCCUACCACUUAAUGGUACUCUUGGUUAUCUACCAGGCUCCCAUUCUCCUUCCCCAGACACCCCUUCUUACCCUUUUCUGAGUAUUUCGGCAUUAAUUGACCCAUGUUCAUAUAAUCAUAAAUUUGGAGCUAGAAGGGAACUUCAAGAUCAUCUACUAACCCUCUUCCUUUUACAAAGGAGAAAACUGAGACCCAUAAAAGUUGAAUGAUUUGCCCAAGAGCAAGUAGGUAGCAGCUGGGAUUCACCCCAAUAUGAACUGAUUCCAAAUCUAGUAUUGUUUCCACUCUGCCAUGUUGGAUAACUUAGAGACUCAUAAACCAGCUUUUCUGCCUUUGAAAGUUCAUCAGGUAACUAGGAAGAGUUUAUGACAAAACAAGAGAUAGAAAGGAUCAUGAGGAGUAAAAUAAAUCAUUUUGAUUACAUGAAAUUAAAAUGCUUUUUCUCAAACAAAACAAAUGAAGCCAAAAAUAAGAUGACAAACAGGAAAAUGAAGAAAAAUUUUAUGGCAAAUUUCUCAGACAAAGGUCUUAUUUCUCAAAUACAUAGGUAUCUGAACCAAAUUUAUAAAAAUAGGAGCAAUUCCUCAGUUGAUAAAGGGUCAAAAGAAAUGAACAACUUUCAGAAGAAGUCAAAGCUGGCAGUAGUUUCAUAAAAAAAUGCUCUAAAUCACUACUAAUUGGAGAAGCCUUUGAGGUACCACCUUAUACCUAUCAGAUUGGUCUACAUAACAGAAAAAGGAAAAUGACAAAUGCUGGGGGGAAUGUGGAAAAAUAAUAAAUUGUUGUGUGGCAUUUAAAAGAGUGGAUGCCAUAAACUGUAAGAGUUAAAAUGGUUGAGGGUCGUAAACUGUAGUGAUUAAAAUAGUGGAAGAUAUAAAUUGUAGUAGAUAUAAGAGUGGAUUGUAAGUUGUGGCUGCAGAAAAUAUGUUUUCACUACAGUGUCUUGUUUUAAAUCAAAUAUAAGGUGGUUGCCAGGGAAAUAUCCCCAAUUAUUAACAUACCCAAGUCAACUGGGUUUUAUAGAGACUUUAAUUAAUAAUACAAUGAGGAAUUUAAGAAAGAGAGAAAGAGUAAUAAAGGAAUAAGUAUGAAGGGCCUUAAGCCAACAUGGCCUAGACCUGAGUCUUAAGAGAAAGAUCAGUCAGUUCUUAAUCACUCACCACAAGAUCUGCGAAGCAAGGAUUCUAAUGACACCAGGCCAGCAUCAUCUCAGCUGCUUUCACCAGCUCAAUCCUCAAUCUGAAUGUUUCAGACUAUCUCCCUUUGAGCUCCUACCUGAGCUCCUAUUUAAAGGGCAAUUUCUCCUAUGUCACCUCCCCUAAGUCCUUACAUCUACCAAUCACAGUAGAUGUUUUCCAAAGGACUGGCCAUUCUUAAUUCACAUUUUGUUAUCACCUUCUUAAUUCACAUCUUGCUCUCACCUUUUCUGGGUAGACUAAAACUUCUGAGUAAUUCACAUCAGGAAAGUUCUGAGUAAGUUUUCACCUCUUUGCUCCUUGUAAGUUCACAAGUUGCCUAACCUUUAUAGGUACUUAGCACCCUAUUGUAUAAAUUCUAAAAAUAGGCAUGGCUUAAAGAACUUUUUGCCUCAUUAUAAGUAUGGGUUUAAGUAGUUUCAUUAUUUAGCAAGGAGUUUUCUUCCCUAAAGCAGUCUUAAGUAUGGGUGGAGUAUAGGUCUUCCCAUUUCUGAUCCAAGUAGAGUUCUCACUUUCCAAAUGGGGAAUGUUCCCAGUAGAGAAUUGUUCCAAUGGAGAAUUCCCCAAUGGGGAAAUUUUUAACAUUCACAAGUCUGAGAAAUUUCAAGAUUUACAAUCCCCCCUGAUGAUCAUUGGGAGACUAGUCUCGCCAUUGAUCAUUUAACAUAAUCAAUUUUGUAAUUCUAAAUGCACUUCUAACUAUGGAUAUACACAAUAUUCAAUUUUCUAAGAGAAAUUAGAAUAGUGAGGGAGGAAAUAGAAAAGAAAAGAACUAGGCGCAUUGACAGAAAGCCAAAUUAGGGGCAGUCCCUUUUGGCAUAAAUGUGUACAUUUACAAUAAAUGUUCAAUCAAAAGUUCAGUUCAAUCAAUCAUAUCCAAAGUUCAUUCUUGAUCUUCUUGAUGAAGUGUAGGUUUUCUGGCAUCUUUCUGCAACAGUUCAUUCUCUGGAUUUAGGAGUUUCAAGCUUCUUUCUUGAAGAUCUUUUCUCUAACAAAAUCAAAAUUCUUGGAUUUUCAUAAAAAUACAAUCUCAAACAAAAAAAUUCAAAAAUUCUUAGAUUUUAAAUUAAAAUACAGUUGAUAGGAGUUAUGAACUAGUCCAACCAUUCUGGAGAACAAUUUGGAAUUAUGCCCAAAGGGCUAUAAAACUGUGCAGACCCUUUGGCCCAGUAAUACUAUGACUAGUUCUGUACCCCAAGGAGAUCAAAGAAAAGGGAAAAGGACAAUUUGUACCAAAAUAUUUUAUAGCUGUUCUUUUUACAGUGGCAAAGAACUGGAAAUUGAAGUGAUGGCCAUCAAUUGGGGAGUGGCUAACAAGUCGUAUAUUACUGUGAUGGAAUACUAUAGUGCUAUGAGAAUUGAUGAGCAGAAUAGUUUCAGAAAAACUUGAGAAGAUUCAUAUGAACUGAUGCAAAUGAAGUGAGCAGAACCAGGAGAAUAUUAUAUAUAGUAAUAGCAAUAUUGUAUGAUGAUCAACUGUAAAUGACUUAGUUAAGCAAUACAAUGAUCCAAAACAGUUCCAAAGGAUGAAUGAUGGAAAUUGCUCGUGUGACAAGGAAAUCACUUUUAAAAGACUGAUAUAUAUUAAUUUAAGGUCGCCAAGGAAUUCAGCUAUGUAAUUCCUAAAUGAAAACUCAAGUCAGCCGUCAACCUUUUAUGGAGUUUUAAUUACAAACAGGAGGAAGAAAGGAAUUAGAGAUAGAGAGAUAGAGGUAGAGAGAAAGGGGAGAGAAGGGAAUAGGGCUUAAAUACCCCUUCUGUUUAGGCUGGGCCAAAAGGCCCAAGCCCUUAGAUAGCUGGGGCAAAGAAAGGAGAUCAGUCCCUAUUACUCACGUGACCAAAAAUGGAGAAACAGUCUCAAAGGCCCCCACCUUCAGCUUCCUUCAGUGCAAGCUUCUCAGAGCACACCACAACCACUCCGACCAACUCCUCCACCACCUCCUCGAGUCUCCAGACCCCCCUAUCCUUAAGGAAACCCUCCAAGUUCCCUCCCCUCAGUCCUCACAUCUACCAAUCACCUGUCCAUCAAUUUCCCUGUGCCAAUGGAGGCUCUAGCUUAACCCAGGACUGCCCAGAGGUCUCUGGCUUUGCACAUGUCUGUUGAAGGUCAUAUUUUCAAAUAAUUAAAUCUUUGCUCCUUUGCUACAGCCCUUUCUAAAUCCUGUUAGCCUGAGUAGGGUAGAGAUUGGAAUAAUUAAAUUUUGAUCUAGGCUGCAGCCCUUACUCAAUCCUGUUAGGACUGAAUAGGGUGGAGAUUGAUUCCAAGUAUCUCCAUUGUAUCAAUUCUAAAAUCAAUCAUGACUCAAAGAAAUUCCUGUUCUAUGCUUAAGCAUAGGUCAAAGUCCUUUCCAUUGUUCAGCAAAAGGUUUCUGUCCUAAAGUAAUCUUAAGAAGGGAGGAGGAGGAACCUCCCAUGCCAAUGGGGUUCACAUUCCAAUAGAGUUCCCACUAUCAAUAGGAAAUUUUUCAAGUAUGAAAUUUCCCAAUGGUGAAAUUUCCAACAUUUAUAAGUCUAAGAAAUUUUGAGGUUUACACUCUCCACAUCCAAAGAGAGAAUAGGUGAAUUUUGAAUACAAAUUGAAGCACACUUUUUUCACUCAUUCUUUUUUUUUGUCUAUGUUUUCUUUUGUAACAUGACUAAUAGGGAAAUACAUUUUACAUGAUAUCACAUGUAUAAUCAAUAUUAAAUUGCUUUCCUUAUUAAGGAGGGGGAUGAGCAGGAAGGAUGGAAAACAAUUAGAAUUCAAAAUGUUAAAAAAAUGAAUGUUGAACAUUUUAUUACUAUGUAACUAGGAAAUAUUUAACAAAACAAAUAAAAUAUUUUUAUUUUUUUAAUAAAA